AUGAGUGGAAGUAGAUAUGUUGUGGUGAAUGGUGCGAGGAAGAAAACCGUUAAUUGUCUUAAAUUCUGGUUGGCGUUCUUCGUUAUUGCAACUGCAGCUUUGGCUGGUGUUGUUACUUGGCUUAUUAUUGCAGCUAAAAAUGCUUCAGAUAAUGAACUAAUGACAGCUUCAGGAUAUCCGGUUCCGGAAAUCUGUACUCUUCCGGCAACUUCAGGACCUUGUAAAGCCAACCUCAAAAGAUUCUUCUUUGACUCCACAACUGGAGCCUGUAAGGAUUUCAUCUACGGAGGAUGUUCUGGAAAUGGCAAUAAUUUUGAAACAUUGGAUGAAUGCAUGAGAACUUGCAAUGCUAAACCUAGUAAGUUUAAUCUCCAAGCGCAAGAUAAAUCUUUCAUACAUCGAAAUAUUUUUCAUUUAUCAUUUUAUUAA